AGACGGGGGUGUUGGGGGUUGUCACACUUGGAAACAAUGGAUCAGGGGGAAAAUAUGAAUAAAAUAAUCUCUCCGAGGACCACUUGAAAUAAAUCUUUGUUACUAUGAAUUCUGCAUAGAAAGAGUUUACGUUAGAAGCAACAUUUCAACGGGUUUGGGCAACAUUUUAUAAGGAGAUUAGCUGUUAAGCCUAGGCCUACUUUAUUAAAGUGACAGAAGUCAGAAUCAUUUGCGAGUUGAAAUCCGGUGGGUGAAUUAUAUUCGAUCUGCACUUUCAUACAAGACAGCAAUCAGACUGAAACUCCCCAUAUUUACCUCCGUGGAACUAUGCGGUGGGUAUUGGAGUGGCUGAUCACUGAAGUGGAAGAACAAGGAUGAAGACUUUCUCCUGUGUGUUUUCCUGCCUGGUUGACAGACUCCCCAUAGAGUUGCUGCUUCUCUCCAUCACAUCCUUUUAGUAUCCAGCUGGUCUUGCCAUCACACCUCGCAGCUUCUCAAACAGUUGGGAACACAACCUGACAAGAACUCUCACCCUCUCUCUCCCACUCAUCUAGUGGCAUACACACACUUUCACUGUCUUGUAGUGGCUGAACACCACUACUAGCCCAUAGCCAGGGUACUCCUACACCUGCACACGCACACACACAUUAUGGCAAGCGUGUUGCCGUACGGCCGCUUCACUCACGCCGUGGUGCGGGGGAUCCCAGAGACCUUUGGGAAGGUUGAAGACGAGAAAAACAACAGGGUCGAAAACGGGGAAACCACGAUGGACCUGGCCAAAGCACAGCGACAGUUUGGGGUGCUGACAGGGGCGCUGAGACAGAAGGUGGGGCUGCAGCUCAUAGAGAUCCCUGCAGACCCGGAGCUACCAGAGAGCUGGAGGAUAGAGGAUGUAGCUGUAAUACAGGGAGACACUGCACUCAUCACCAGGCCUUUCAAACAGCAGAGACGCAGUGAGACUGAAGCGGUGAGGAGGGUGAUGUCGGAGCUCAACCUGACAGUGGUGGAGAUGGGGGCAGAGGAGGGGGGCUCCGCAGGGGCCACCCUGGAGGGCAGUGACGUGCUCUUCACCGGCAGGGAGUUCUUUGUGGGAAUCUCCUCCCACACCAACUACAGAGGAGCUGAGGUUCUGGCCGACACUUUCAGAGACUUUGCUGUGUCCACGGUGCCAGUGUGUGGGGGAGCUCGUCUAAAGAACAUCUGCUCUAUGGGAGGUCCUGAUACCAUCAUCAUCAGCAACAGUGAUGGGGCCAAGAAGACCCUCCGGAUGAUGGAGCAGCUGACUGAUCACCACUACGAAGUGCUCACGGUCCCUGAGGGCGCAGCAGCUAACUGUGUCUACGUCAGGGGCCCCUCCAAAGUGGACUACCUGCUUCACCCGCCCACUGAAGAGUGUCCCGAAAGUGUUCCUGCCUUCCAGAAGCUGACGGACUACACCCUCCUCCCUACAGCGUGCAGCGAGGCCUCCAAGCUCGGAGGGUCUCUGACUUCAUUCUGCCUACUUAUCAACAGGAAGCCAUACUACUAAAUUCCCUGCCCUUCUCCCAUAGAACACACAUAGACCUUCAUUGACUAUAUUUAAAUACAAAUGUGAACAUUACAAAGACAUCGUCAACUGUUGGGCAGGAGAAGAUAAAUUAUUAAUGGGAUCCUUGGGACAUCCCAGAUCUGAAGUUGAAAUUGAAAACGGGUAAGAUAUGGUUAAGGUCAGUGCUUAAGGUAGGGACAUCCCAAGGAACCCGGCACUACACCAGGCUAGAGGGUUCAAUGUGCAUAUUCUGCACAACUGCUCCCCCUACUGUGGAAAGAGAGCAGCGUGGCUAGAUGAACAUUAAUAGGCUGUAGAUUUGAAUGUAGGUGUUCUGUAUGCGGGCAUUUUAUGUCCCUAUAUAACAACUUGUAUUUAAAUACUCAUCCAUUCUCCAACCCACACUCUUCGCCCUCCAAGUAGGCUGUUUUGUUGCGGCCAUAGAAGGGACGUGCCACCUCAACAUUUUACAAUUUGAGUGGUAAACUUGCAAUGGUUGCCGGUCCUGAAUUGAAUGGGCACGCCCGUUGUAUGGAUUCCACAUCUAUUAUCAUCUUUAUCGACCUUUCGCAAGUUUCUAAAUACAAUCACAGAAAAAAAGUAGUUUGAAGAGCAAACGCCUCGUGCUAAAAAGACGAAUCUCUCAUUUUCUCAACUCAAUAUUUUGCGAACACGGAGGCGCAGGGAGAGGUUUUACUAAUUAAAGCUGUCCGCACGACAAUAACUUGCCAGUUUUCGUAUGGGUGGCAAUGUGUCUCGAAUCUAUUAUCAUUUUUUUUUAUGUACUAUUUGCUACGUGAGGCUUAUUUCAGAGUAGAAUUUUGGUAAUGCGGAAGUUGAGUGUACUGUGUGAUGCACGCGAUUUUAAUUUUAAAAAAACACCUCAAGUAUAGCGUCUCUUCCCGUUAAAUAUAGGCGGUUGACGUCAACAGCACUAAUCGAAUAUUCAAAAAUGGUACUCAAUUAACGAGCUUUAUCCACCAAUCCAAAGAGUAGGCGGAAGUUUAUACAGCACACCAUACGUGGAAAAAUAAUCCCUAGUACCUCUCGCCAACAUCAUUGUAUAAUAUUAGGCGGCAACAAAGACGACUAAAAAAAAUCUGUUUUGUCUUUUCAUUGGCUGUUGCAUUAACCACGAGGUUGUAUCUCAGUGUCAGAGUAGCCAAUCAGUAAAACGUGGGGCAUAAAUUUAUGAAAUAACUUGUCUCCAGUCAUGUAGGCAAAAGUAGAAUUGAAGGAAAUUAGUAAACCCCCCUGCUCAACUGUAGGCCUAUGCCACCACGCAAAUGUGAUAGAUGCAUGUAAGGCUUUAUUAUAAAUGUACGUUUGUUGAAUUAGAACACAGGUGAAACCUAAAAUGCAGAUUUGGAAGGUCUGCUUUUGAAUAAUGUACCAGGCCUUGCUGCGUGCUUUAUAUAGGUAUGAAUAAACUUUUUUUAUAUUCGUCGUCAUACCCCCAAGGACAUAACGACUGAUUUGUGGAAUUGUACACACUUAAUGUCCUCAUGGUUGAGAUGACGGUCAAAUUAAUAGCCCAAGGAAGGAACGAUUUCAGAAGUCCCCUUCAACAAUUUCCAUCAUUACAGUUGACUUGUUGCUGUGGAUUAACCAAGACCCAAAUUGGAAAGGCCUCUCGAGUGAAACACUGACAGUUGUUCAUAAUGUUGAAAACAUAACUGAGGGUUGUACACGAUUGCUCAACACCUCCAGACCAUGAUAUAGUAACUCGGGACAAACUGGCAUUGUUUGAGUCACAGCACCCGGGUUUUGUACUUUGUUGCAAAGUCCCCAUUGGUGAUAAAACAUUGCCACUGGCCUACUCCCCAUUAGAAUACAAAUCAGUAGUAUGCAAUUAAGACACUGCAUUAAUUUCUAUAGUUCAACUACCUACAUAAUCAAAACAAGAACUCAAUUUGUACUCAAAUUCAGCAUUUUAGUGUAGCCUUUGUAUGUGAUGUUUAGAAAUUUGUAUUUAGUAGAGCAAAUACAUUUUAAACCUUUGACUAACUUCAACCUAGUCAUGUAUUGAUGCCUUUAUAAGUAUGCAUUUUACUAAACACCAUACCA